AUGGUAAAUGAACUGCAACCAUCAAAAAAUGAUGAAAAAUUUGUUGGGAUUGGAAGUCAUAAGGUGGUUCGCGAUCUGAAGAGAUUUCAAUUAACAGCGAGCAGUAAUGAAGUGGAAAGGAAAUUCAGUGAAAUGGAACAUGGAUAUGAACUAGAAAAUCCAUCAAAUAAUUUAAGACGACGUUCAUUGAAUUCAGAUCAACUUAUAUAUUCUUCCAAUUUCGGCGCUGAUCCAGUUCUAGAAUCGUCUUUAGCUUUACGUAAACUCUCUGAAGCAUUUGGUAUAGAGCAACAGCAAUUUGAUUUGCGCGGAUUGCGCGGAUGUCUUACAAAUUAA